AAAAUCCCAGCGACCAAGUCUUUUGUUUUUGUAUAUUUCCUUUUGAUAUUUCUCCAUUCGAUUUUUCCUUAUUUGCCGAAGAGGAAGGAACAUUACAAGAACGAGCUAAGAUCAUAUUUCCCGAUAAAUUCCCGUCAGCGAAUCGCUACGCUUAAGAAGAUCAAAAACAAUUCCAGGCGGCGAAGAGAUUGAUUUUGAUUCACGUCGCAGCUCUCCAAGGUUUCUUAAAGACUUCCGAUUAUGUCGUCGGAGGUGAAACAGCUGAUCGUCGUUGCUGAAGGCACUGCUGCGUUGGGCCCUUAUUGGCACACCAUCGUCUCCGAUUAUCUCGAGAAAAUUAUCAGGUCUUUCUGUGGCAGUGAAUUAAAUGGAGAGAGGAAUGUUGAGCUAUCACUGGUCAUCUUCAAUUCUCAUGGUUCAUAUUGUGCUUGCUUGGUACAACGGAGUGGCUGGACAAAAGAUGUUGAUAUUUUCUUGCAUUGGCUUUCGUCCAUACAAUUUGCCGGUGGUGGUUUCAGCGAGGCUGCCACAGCCGAAGGGCUUGCCGAAGCAUUGAUGAUGUUUUCUCCUCCCUCAGGCCAAGCUCAACCAAGUAACGAUCUGAAAAGGCACUGUAUCUUAAUCACAGCCAGCAACCCUCACUCAUUGCCAACACCUGUAUAUCGUCCAAAAUUGCCAAAUGCGGAACGGAAUGAAAAUGGCGAUGCGCAAUCUGAAAGUCGUUUAUCAGAUGCCGAGACAGUGGCAUCAUAUUUUUCUAGGUGCUCUGUUUCUUUGUCUGUUAUAUGUCCAAAGCAGCUUCCAAAGAUUAGAGCACUCUACAAUGCGGGAAAGCUCAAUCCACAAAGUCCGGACUUGUCAAUUGACACGGUUAAGAACACAUUCUAUCUUGUCCUGAUCCCAGAAAAUUUUGUGGAGGCACGUGCUGCCUUAAGUCAUUCUGCUACAAAUUUGCCACAGACCCAAAGCCCUGUGAAAGUCGACAGGUCCACUGUUGCUCCAUCUCUUCCAGUCACUGGGCAACCUCCAGCUCCUGUGCCAUCAGCCAAUGGACCUAUUCUUAAUCGGCAGCCAGUAUCUAUUGGACCAGUUCCAACUGCUACUGUGAAAGUUGAGCCUAGCACUGUACCUUCUAUGGCAGCAGUUUCAACUUUUCCCCAUAUCCAGUCUGUAGCUCGGCCUGCUACACAAGCAAUUCCUUCAAUUCAAACAUCUUCACCGUCGCCAGUUUCUCAAGAAAUGGUCACCAACGCCGAGAAUGCUCCUGAUGUUAAGCCUGUGGUUACUGGAAUGACGCCACCGUUGCGCACUGGUCCUCCUGGUGGAGCUAAUGUAAAUCUGCUGAAUAAUCUUUCUCAAGUUCGACAAGUCAUGAGCUCUGCAGCUCUGGCGGGUGCAGCCUCGUCGACUGGGCAAAGUGCGGUUGCAAUGCACAUGUCAAACAUGAUAUCAACAGGAAUGGCUACAUCUCUGCCUCCUUCACAAACUGUGUUUUCCUCUGGACAGCAGGGAAUUACUUCAAUGGCUGGUUCGGGUGCACUAAUGGGAACGGUACAAGCGGGACAAAGCCCUGGUCCUAAUAAUUCCUUUAGUCCGCAAACUACGUCAAAUGUUGCUUCAAACCUUGGUGUUUCUCAACCGAUGCCAGGGAUGAACCAAGGAAGUCAUUCUGGAGCACAGAUGAUGCAAGGUGGAAUCCCCAUGAAUCAAAACAUGAUGAGUGGUCUCGGUCAAGGAAAUGUAUCUUCUGGAACAGGUGGAAUGAUGCCUACUCCAGGAGUUGGGCAACAAGCGCAAUCAGGAAUACAACAACUUGGUGGCAGUAACAGUUCAGCUCCUAAUAUGCAGUUGUCACAACCAUCAUCGGCGGCUCUUCAGACUUCACAAAGCAAAUAUGUAAAAGUCUGGGAGGGGAAUUUAUCUGGGCAAAGACAAGGGCAGCCUGUUCUUAUCACCAGACUUGAGGGCUACCGAAGUGCUUCUGCCUCUGAUUCGUUGGCAGCAAACUGGCCACCAACUAUGCAGAUUGUUCGUCUCAUAUCCCAGGAUCAUAUGAAUAACAAGCAAUAUGUUGGCAAAGCUGACUUCCUUGUGUUUCGGGCAAUGAGUCAACAUGGGUUCUUGGGACAACUUCAGGAUAAGAAGCUUUGUGCAGUCAUCCAGCUGCCAUCACAGACGCUACUUCUCUCCGUAUCUGACAAGGCUUGCCGUUUGAUUGGAAUGCUUUUCCCUGGGGAUAUGGUUGUGUUUAAGCCGCAAAUUCCAAAUCAGCAACAGCAGCAGCAACAACAGCUGCAACAGCAGCAUCAACAGCAACAACAACAACAACAACAGCAGCAGCAACAGCAACAACAGAUCCAGCAGCAGCAGCAACAACAACAACACCACCACCAACAGCAACAGUUGCCACAACUCCAGCAGCAGCAGCAACAUCAAUUGUCACAGCUCCAACAUCAUCAGCAGCAACAGCAACAACAACAACAACAACAGCAGCAUCAGUUGUCACAGCUUCAACACCAUCAUCAGCAGCAACAGCAGCAGACGUCUCCGCUGAAUCAGAUGCACCAGCAGACUUCUCCUCUGAAUCAGAUGCACCAGCAGACGUCGCCGCUGAAUCAGAUGCACCAGCAGACGUCGCCGCUGAAUCAGAUGCAGCAGCAGCAAACACCUCAACAGAUGGUUGGGUCAGCAGCAGUAAUGGGUGGUCAAGCUUUUGCACAAGCUCCUGGAAGGUCACAACAAGGUGGUGGUGGCGGUGGAGGGCAGCCUAACAUGCCAGGAGCUGGCUUCAUGGGAUAACUUUGAAAUAACUCUUCUUCAGGUUUCUGCUUUCUGCUAAUUAGUCUCAAUUCAUCAUAUAACUUUAAGUUCUUUCUUUCUUCUAUGGUCAAUUCGAUAAAGGCCAUGGUUUCUUAGACUACUAUUUAGAUCGUGUCUUUAGUCUAUCUGUUCGCUUUCUGCCUGAAAAUGGCAUCCUCUUGUUGGUCUGACCAUUAACUACGGCACCGAACUAUUUUGAAUUUUUUUUUGGUCUAGAGAAAUAUAUA